AUUGCCGAUUGAAUGUGAUUCGUAAUAAUUUCGACGAUAAAGUAAAUUUUAGGCGUUUCGAUGGAAAGAUAGAAAUUUUGAUUGCGAGGAAUGGACUAUCUAAUAUUCGACGAUUAUUGCUUUUGAUUAGAAAUUGCUUUCUUUAGAUAAAAGAUUUUGGUAGAUUUGACGAUUGGCUAAUAAAUUUGAGUGAGAGAGAAAAGACCGGUUUUAAUAUGUUUGCGCGAUAUUCCAGGUACAGUUUAUCGGUGUCGUUUUGAAGAAGUAGAGUGAUGCAGAUAGCGCUAUUUUUUGCGCUACAUGCAGUAAUCCGCUUGACUCGAUUUGCAUGAAACUGGGAGUUAUCGAUCUAGAUUUUAAGAACGUUGUAGUUUUUGUUCUAGACGUAUAUCUAUAUCUCUCCUAGCAGAUUGAGAACUUGUUUUUUCUUGGUAUUGAUCGGAAAAAUAUUACAGUUUAUUUAUGAACAAUUAGUACAUAAUAUUAUAUUGUACCAGUUCUUCAUUGAAUAGACUCGAUUCAAUCAUAGUCAAUACACUUUGAAAAAUUUAAUUAUAUUUUUAUCGGUAUCUCUUAGAUUUCCUUAAUUGAUUAAAAUUUUGACUUUGCUUUUAUGUACACGGAAAAGCACUUGUAAAUGUACAUUUUGCUAAUAUUGCAAAGCAUGACAGAAAAAUUAAAAUAUUCACAAAAUACUUGGUGUAUAUGACAGAAAAAAAUGACUAAUUAUUUUGCCAAGUGAUUUAUUAUUGCAACUCAGUAUUUUUUUGAGUAUAAGCAAUUCAAACUCAUUACUGAAUAUUUCUCCGCGAUGAACGUAAAGCCUCGAUAAAAAACAACUUCUGUCAUCAAAACACGCUUCGAAUCCUUGAUCCACAAAAACUAUAAUCUUCCUAAAAAUACAUCUCAUAAUCCUUCCCAUUAAUUUCCCAAAAAAUCAUCCGAAGCCCCAGCCGUCAUCGCCCAAAAAUAGCAUCCUACGCUUCACACAAUACUCAUCGCCGCGUCAUAGACACGCUCUCAGUCCCGCGAAUAAUAAUUCCGAUAAGAUACAGCAGUCGAUAUACACGCACCGCAGAAGCCAAAAGAUCUUGAGUCUAAUAUAAAAGUCGCUCCGCUUGAUCCGAAUCAAGCAGUUCGAACUCACAGCUCGAGUAUAUCACACAUAUACACAAUGACGUCGUUUAAGUCAGCUCUAAGCCUGGUGGCUGUCGCCCUGGUGAUUGCAGCCAUCACCGUAAGCUCAUCGCCUAUUUCAUCGGAGGAAGACUACUCGCCGGAGACCUUCGCCGUGAACAAGUCCAACCACCUUGUUGUCGGCAACAGGCAAUACGGUGACAAGAUCAUCUACUCCGAGAACAUCGAAGAGAAGUUCCUGAUCACCGGUAAAAAGCUCAUUCUCAACAGGACCAUCCUGGCGCCUAACAACUACGUCAUCACGCAGGUCAGGGCUUUGGACAAGAUAACCGAUGGCACUGGAGCUGAACCAAUCGUGACUGGUGGUGGCCCUGAUUUAACUUGGGUCAGUUUGAGAUUCAAGAGCCAGAGGUGGCAUGGAAUCUACUUCAUCGUUGAGGUCUACGCUAGGCCAAGAUAAUUGAGAAGAUGUUGAUUAUAUUAGAACUGUACUUAGAUUUUAUCGAAUGCUUGCGAAAUGAGAAGAGAAUUACUAUGUAAAUAUGUGCAUACGCCGUUGUUUUUUUUGCCUCUUUUCUUGUUAAUAAAAUACGACUUAUUUAUUGAACGAUA